GAAGACGCAUCCAACUGAAGUGGGUCGUCAGUCUAUAGUAAAGGCGGUCUUGAUUUCCAUGUCUUUUUCCUCUUUUCACCGCUGCGUGUGUGGAGGAGAGAGAGACGCAGCGUUCCUGAGAAAAAGGAGCAGCUACUCGUUUCCUCGUUCUAUUUCCUUCUCUCUCUCUCUCUCUCGACGAUCGUAGUACAGAGAAGAGUGUGAUUGGCGGGCGAGGGCGAUGGAGAGGAAAGCGAUGGCAGUGUCCGUGGCCGCGGGAUUUUUGGGGCUCCUCUCCGCCGCGCUCGGCUUCGCCGCCGAGGCCACCAGGAUCAAGGCUUCUGAUGUCAAAGCACCAGCAGGAGGUGAAUGUGUAUAUCCUAACAGCCCAGCAUUAGCUCUAGGUCUAAUAUCGGCAUUGGCUCUUAUGAUUGCCCAGGCAAUAAUAAACACCGUUGCUGGGUGCAUAUGUUGCAAGAAGCAUUCUCAGCCAUCCAGCUCCAACUGGACAGUAGGGUUGAUCUCUUUUAUUGCUUCCUGGGUGUCUUUCAUAAUAGCCUUCCUUUUGUUAUUAACGGGUGCUGCCUUAAAUGACCAACGGGGUAAAGAAAGGAAGUACUUUGGCGGCAACGACUGCUAUGUUGUUAAGCCUGGAGUGUUCUCGGGAGGGGCAGUGCUGUCCCUUUCAAGUGUUGCUCUUGGCAUAAUUUACUAUGUUGCCUUGUUAUCAAAGACUGCACAAGCUUGGGAUCCACAGCAAAAUGAAGCCAUUGCAAUGGGGCAUCCUGGGGUCCCAGCUCAGGCAACUCCUGUUUUUGUGCAUGAGGAUACAUACAACCGUCAGCAAUUCCCCUGACGACGAUACUGGCUAGUGUUGGAAACUUGGUCUGGUGUUGUUUCUGGUGGCGAGUGGAUUGCAUAUGAAUCCCUGAUCUCGAAACUCCUCAGCACCUUCAUCGAAUCUGCUCUUCUCGCUAGGCUAGGAUUCAUGUAUGUUGGAAGUUAGUUUGUAACAUUCGAUAUUUUUGUACAAAUUGAAGAAAAAGAUGCCUCUGUUGCAUGUUGGACACUGUUGAGGUUUGUCUGCUUGGUUGGAUCAGCAUUGUUUGCUUCAAAACUAGGUUUUGUAUUUUGUAAAACUCAGUAUCCUAGCAGUUCAUCAUUGAUGGAUUAGCAGCAUUUCACUGUUA